CCACAACUGACAACGCUGCUUUUCAGAUCCGCUCGAGGGUCAAUCUGGCCUGCUUUCUUAGUCGUAACGGCGGGGCUUCUCUGCACACACACGCCCUUCUUUUUCUUUUCCUUUUUCUUUGCUUUGAUUAGAACGGUCACGGCCUGGAGACUCUGUCUGCACCUCCCGAAAAAAAGAAAAAAAAAACUCUGUCUGCACCACGGCGCAGUGCAUCCGCUGCCCGAUUCCUGCUGUCCGUUGGUUCUGGUUGUGGAAGCAGUUCAUUCAGACAUCCUCCGAAGUCCACGUCUCGCUUCUGCAUCGUCCACUGACCUACGCUUCUUUGGCUCUCCAGUGGUGAAUUAGUAUCCUCCAACCUCCUUCCGUUCCUCUGGCAACGAGUUAUGGGCCUGCGUGUCUCGAGCUCGAUGACGAUGCUGACGGUGAUGAUAGGAUUGAUGAUGAUGAUGAUGAUGGGCAUGCCGUUACGGGUGAUAGUGGCAGUCGGAGCAGAUAUCAGUUGGACAGCGCAGCAGAGAGGAGGGAAGUCCGUUGCGGGAGCGGAGAGUGCGUACAAUGAGGAAGUUGGCGAUAUGCAAGGAGCGAGAGAGCUCCAGGCAGAGCCAUCAAGUCCUUUCUCCGUCAUAAACACGACUCUUCUUCGAGCUCCCCGAGUGGUUUUGACAACCACUCAGCUCUUGAGUCCAACAGCCGGUAACCCUACGUGUUUUCACUUCAUUCGGGGUGUCGUAUUUAGCUCCCAGACGGGGGUGUUCUUCUAUUUGCAGCGGGAUUCCUGCUUCAAUUAUACUGCACAAGAUGCAGUCGAUAGACUGUCCAUUCACAAGUGUGAUAUGCGAGGCAUGGCCGGAUCUGGGCCCGCUCAGGCCAACUCCUCCUUGCUCACUGUAGAAAGGGGGGACGAUAACAGGAACGGCACAGCGGUAAGUGACUUCCCAACCUCUACACGGUAUUUGUUGUCAACGUUCGAUCUGUCGCGGAGCGAGCAGCAUCUCGUUCUGCCCUGUUACGGGCACGCUCUGGCAUUCGUGAACACCACGGAUGGUUCCAGUUCCACGUACGAGAUCUCCAACUUCCUGGGUUACGCGGGUGCAUUCAAUCCUAACCACACUAUUUUCUAUGUGGGAAAUGGAAGCUGCCUUCUCUACUCCGUCAUGGAUGGGGACUCGCCGGGCAGCUUCGUUAACGAUUUCCGAAGUAAAUCGUGCUAUACGGACUUCCGGAGUGUUCUCUUCGGUCAUCGCACUUUUCUCCAAGAUGGGAGCUACCUAUACGCCUGGGACAUACCUCACAGAACAUUUCUAGGCUUGGACCUCAUUAGUGGAGAGGUGGAUCACGAAAUCAAGAUUCCGCAAACCAAAGAGCUGGGGUUGGGGGAUUUUGUGUUGACACAAGAUGGAUGCAGCUUGUUCGUCGUUGCAUAUGCUGGGAAGUAUAUCCUGCGGGCGGCUUUUGAAAAACCGAGAGGAAACGUGGUCACCGUCGAGAACGUGAUUACUUUUACCUCAGCAUAUCGCUCGAUCGGGACGGUUGCUCUGGACAAUGACGACAGUCACUUGUACGUGUCGACCUCGGAUGGAGAGCUGUUCCAAUUUCCAAUCAACAAGUCAGCUCUAGGCGAAUGCAGCGGUGCAUUCCCAACACCGGCCGCACCGACCGGCGCUACUACAGUCUAUCCAUCGGCAUCGCCAGCAUCAUCAACAGAAUCCUAUCCAUCGUCAUCGUUGUCAGAACCUUCGCCGGAAUCAUCAUCAUCAUCACCAUCACCGUCACCACCGGCGGCGCAAUCAAUCGGACCGGGUGCAUAUCCAGCAGCCGGAGCAUCGUCUUCCGCAGGACAUGAUGGGAGUAGUACACGUGUCAGUGGUAGAUCGGCCGAUACGCUGUCAAGUCCUUCACCGGCAACCGUCCAAACGCCACCAAGGGGAGGUGUCAGCGUCGGAGUGCUGGCUGGCAGCCUUGUGGCAGCUUGUCUGGUCGCCUCUAUUCUUGGUGGCGCUUUAGUGCUCCUCGUUUCUCGAUCUAGAAAAUCACCGAUGGCCGCAUCUGGGGGUAUGGCUGCAAGGUCUACUGCUCUCGAAAACCCGGUAGAACGGCUGGAUUGCGCUCGCGAUUGUGAUGAUGAUGAUGAUGAAGAUGGCGAUUCUGUGCGAGGCUCUGAGGACCAUGAAGAUGGGGAGGAUUCCAUUGAUAGCGCUGGCGGUGGCGACGAUGAUAAGUCUGUCGAGGGUUCUGACAACAACGUGGAUGGAGAGGAUCCCGUAGAUGCAUCAGGUGAUUGCGCUGGGGAUGGCAAGGACGACGAUUCUCUGGAGAAUUCUGACGACGAUGGCGAUGAAGAGAAUUCCGUAGAGGAUGACCCCGUGCGUGCAGAUGCAGAUGCAGCACUUGGUUGCGCUGACGGUGGUUGUGACGAGGAGUAUUCUGUCGACGCUUCUGACGAGGAUGGCGGUGGGGAGGUUUCUGUUGACUGCGCUUUCGAUGAUGAUGGUGGAGCGGCUUGGCGGUGCUGCUUCUGUUGGAAAUGCACCGCUGCAUUUCUUUAGAGCUAGCUUGUUAAUUGAAAAUUCGAACAGCUGGCCAGUCUGGAUGGAGACGUACAAAUGGCUGUCAUCGUUAUCCAAAGCAACCGUCCCGAUC